UCGAGUUACUUUGUCGAGUAGUAUUUUUCGAACGAAAAAGACGUUUACGAUAGUUUGUGCGUAAUUUCUCGAAGAAAAGUAUGAUAAAAAUUAAUAUUUUAGAAUGGAGAGAGUUAUGAAAAAAAGCAUAUGGGCAUGAAAAUGUGGAUAGAAAUCCAGAGUUCGUGAUGUCUGAGAAAGAACUUCAUCCUCCUGACCUCAGCAUGAAAUUUUCAACUGAUUCUGAUGAUGAGGAUGAUUCCUCGAGUUGGGAUAUUGAAAGUUAUCAAGAUAUAGAUUAUACAAAAAUUGUCAUCGAUUUUGCUGAGGAUUAUUUCGAUUCUAACUUGCAAAAUGUUGAUAAGAAAGAUGUUUACUGUUGUUGCCACGAAUAUGAAAAUCAUUAUGUCUCGCGUGCUCAGAAAUUUCAGCUGCAAGCUGUUAACAUUUGUCACAACAGGUAUUUAAAAUAUAUGUGUGAAAAGCAACUUCAUCCUCCCAACCUCAGCCCAACAGAUUAUGAUAAUCAAGAUGAAGAUGAUUUCUUGACUUGGGAUUUGGAAUCUUACCGAGAAUCAAAUUACAUGGAAAUUGUUCUCGGUCUUUCUGAGGAAUAUUUUGGCUACAGCGAUUUUAAUUCGCAACAGGAUUAUAAACAAAAUCUUUUCUUUCGUUGCGAUGAGAAUGAAAAUCAUCAGAUAUCGAGUGCUCAGAAAGUCGAAUCGCAAGCUAUGAACGACUGUGAAAACAGAAAUCCGAAGUUAUCGAGAUAGUUUAUUGAGUUGGGACAUAGAAGGAUACCAAGAAGCGGGUUAUCCGGACAUUGUUAUCGAUCUUAGAGAGGAUUGUUUCAACGACGAUUGUAACUCGCAACAGAAUUUAAAUAACGAUGACUACUUUUGUUCCAAUAAAUGCGAAAAUAUAUCUUGUGAUGAGUCAGUUGAGAAAGUUAUUAAAGAGAAUUCUAAUAUAUUCUGAAGAAGACAAAUAAACUGAAAAUUCUUGUUUUGUGCGACAUACGAAUCUAUAUUAUUAAAUUAUCUAUAUCUUUGAUCCUUAGCAGUUAGCAUACAAGUUUAAUUUUUUUAUAUUUCCACUAUUUUCGCCUUACUAGAAAAAUAUAGCAUUGUCCUUAUCACAGACAAUUACAUAUAUUCCUAAAUUGUAUGACUAGAUUUGUUUCAGAUAGAAUUCUUUACAACUGUUAAGUUGUAAGAUAAGCAUUUUUAUUUGGUUUUUGCAAAUUAAGUUG